AUGCACUCAGGACCGUCUCACGAGCAGAGUUGCUGCAGAGUUGACUUCCAUCAUCGCUCGGCGUUUCCCGUCAUCUCGUACUUUCGGUGGGACGAAUAUGUACCCAGAGGAUUCGCGACCGGACUGCCAUUGUCUGUACUCUCGUCACGCCUCAACCACUUUGGCCUCAACUCCAAGAACCUGACCGACUCCGUACUUUCUCGACAUCCUGCUCCCCAGGACACUGUCUGGAAACGUACUCGGUUGACAGGACUCGCCUACGAGGACUGGGAGAGUCCUCGCGUCAACUAUCCGCAUUUCGUCUGCCAGCAAUCGCCUUCCUCGUCAUUCCAUCCAUAUCCAGUUCGGGUUUCCUAUACUCUCGACUCUCUACUCUCCUUUCCCCGCGACUUCGACGAACCUCCCGCCCUUCCUUGCGCAUUCGUUUCGCGUCUCGUUCGGGCACUAUUAUUAUUUUACAGCAUAACCUCCCGCUCCUCUCGACAUAUAUCCGCUUUGCCUCCCCGCUCCUGCUCCGUCGUCCACUCUCCGCUUUCCCCCAUUACUCUCUACCUACGUCGUAUUAUUAUUACUAUUGAGCAGUCGACCUCGUCCUUGGGUGGGCUGCGCCUCGUUGGACUCUAUCUCUAUCUUCCAGUGUUCCUGCUCUGCGUCAGCAUUGCAAUUUGGCCUCUUGCCUUCUUCCCCGUCUCCAAUCCCCCCGUCUAUUUUCUCUGCCCCGAUCCGCUCCUUCACCACCCCAGAGUCUUGUCGCCGUGA